AUGGUAUGGGAUAUCGCAGAAUCAUUCGCCAAGUUCUCGCAUGCCUUCGUCGACCCCGACCUGGCGUCGGCCUCGCUCGAGGACUUUGCCGAUCGACUCAGCUACCUCUUCUCGUUCACGGUGCUCAGCUGCCUCGGUCUCAUCACAACUGCCGGCGUCUAUUAUGGCUCGCCCAUCAUCUGCACCCUACCCUCGGGUCCUUCACACGAGGGCGGACUGCUCGAGUUCGCCAAGGCCGAGUGUUGGCUGUCGGGCACCAUCGCACUCGACCAGAAUCAGACCAUCCCGAGCACCCACACCGAAUGGGAGGACGCCAGGCAUAGAGGAAACAUUUGUAAGUGCUAUUCAUGCCUACUUGUAUGCGAUAUGAGUAGUUUUGGAGUUUAG